AUGAGUUGUAAUUCCAGUGAAGGGUCUUCAGAGAGCGAUCGGGAAGGGAAAAAAUGUUGCAAAAAAUCAAAGACGAAGGAGAAUAAUGAAUUGAUGGAAGUAGAUGGGUUGGAAUACAAACAUGAGGUUUACAUUCUCGGUCGAUCUCGUCCACUUGAGGAUGACGAAGAGCUAGUUAUGGAUAAAAGUGCUUAUAGAAUGUUUUUCGAAUUAGAAGUGGAGUCUCCAAGUCUCAGUUUUGAUAUUCUAACGGAUAACCUUGGUUUUGAUCGCUGUGUUGAAGUUAAUGGUGAGGCUCACAGUGUUUGCCUCAUAUCGGGUACUGAGGCACCUAAAGAUAAUCAAAACAAACUUGUAAUCAUGCGUCUGUCCAAUAUGUUGCCGUUCAAAAGAAAGGAUUCUAAUGGAGACACGGAUUCUGAUUCAGAGGACGAAAGUGAUUCUGAAGGAGAUCUUGAUGCGGAACCUGAUGUUGAGGCGGCUACUAUCUUACAUCAAGGUACAGUUAAUCGAGUCCGGGCCAGACAACAUAGAGGUCGAUACCUUGCUGCAUCCUGGUCAGAAAAUGGAUUGGUAUUCAUAUGGGAUUUAACCAGACCCCUUACAGCUGUAAAUGAUUCAGCUGUCAUGGCUGAUUAUGUACGUCACAAUGAAUCUCCUUCACCCUUAUUCACAUUUAAUGGUCAUGGUUCAGAAGGUUUCGCUUUGGACUGGGGUACUCAUACGAAUUCUUCUGGACAUUUAGCUACAGGAGAUUGUAAUGGUCGUAUUUAUCACUGGACACCUAGAUCUUCUGACUGGGCUGUAUCAAAUAGAGCUUAUUUAGGUCAUACAGAUUCAGUUGAAGAUAUUCAGUGGUCCCCUACGGAACCAACUGUAUUUAUCUCUGUUUCUUCGGAUCAUAGUAUACGUGUUUGGGAUGUUCGCGCACCAAUAUCGAGUGGAAGCAUGCUCACAGUCCCAGAAGCCCAUCCAGCUGAUAUAAAUGUUGCUUCUUGGAAUAAGUUGCAAGCUCUUAAUUUGCUAACGGGGGGAGAUGAUGGAACUUUAAGAAUAUGGGAUUUACGAUUAGUUCACAGUUGUUACAGUGGCAAAAAGUCAAACUAUGGAUCUGUACCUGCUUAUACGCACUUAUUUGAUUACCACAAGAAACCAAUCACAUCAGUGGAAUGGCAUCCGAAUGACGCUGGAGUGUUUGUAGCUACAUGUGAAGACGAUCAAGCUACAUUCUGGGACAUUAGUUUAGAACAAUCUGAACAAGAAUUAAAACAGUCGAAUGAAUCAAGUUCAAAUCAUGAGGCAGAUGAAGAAGAUUUAGGCAUACCAGUUCAAUUGUUAUUUGUUCAUGGUGGUCAAACAGAAUUAAAGGAAGUACACUGGCAUCCACAAAUGCCAGGACUAGUAUUUACAACAGCAUUAAAUGGCUAUAAUGUCUUCCGUACUUGUAAUAUCUAA